AUGGACUCUACGGGAAGCCAAGAACCUGCAAAGGAACCAAUCACUGACAAGAACGGAGAUGAACCGAAGCCUGGAGACCUGAUUGAGAUUUUCCGCAACGUCUAUGAACACUGGGCUGUGUACGUUGGUGACGGCUACGUCGUCCAUCUGCUGGGACCGGACGGAAAUUUCUCGUCGUUCAGCACCAUCAACCUUCCAGUGGGGAAAAACAACAUUCUGAAGCAGAAGCUGCUGGAGGUGGUUUCCUCAGACGAGUGGCACAUCAACAACAACAUGGACCAGGAGAAGCAGCCGCGCCCCGCCCACGUCAUCGUGGAACAAGCCAACAAACUCGUCGGCACAACUCGAUCGUACAACGUUGUCGACUACAACUGUGAACAUUUUGCCACUGAGUUGCGCUACGGAGCCGCCGAGUCCCAGCAGGUAGAAGAUGCUCUGAAGAUCGGACUUGGUGUGACUGGAGUCUCUUUAGCUUUGGGAGUCGUGAUCGUAGCUUUGCUAAUCUGGAAGAAUAACCAGUCAACCAGUAACUGACAGUGAGAAUCUAUUCUGAAUUAUCUAGACACAUUUUAGGUUAUUAAACUGUUUUAGUUUCAUCCUGACGAUGGAAACAACAAAUUUCUGAUUUUUAAUGGUCUAUUUGUUACUGCUGAUUCAGGAGUGAUCAAUCAUAGCUGUGAUAAUAAAAAUGAAGUACAUUAAAUAUUAAACAUUUAUUUCAUCUUCUUGUUUUAAUUUUGAGGAAUGACUCUGGCUCUUUCUAAGUCAACUUAACUCCCAUUAAAAUAUCUGAACAUGUUGCCACUACUGCACCGACCUAUUUUAACCUGCAGGAGGAGCGUGACCUCAUCAGUAAGGUGUACAGCAAUUUGUGCAUUUUAGUGAUUUUCUAACACCUAAACAAAUGUCUACAUGUUACUCAGACAUAAGCUGGGAGAUAAGAUGUACUAUGAAGUGUACAACAAUUA